UGGCAGCGAUGGCGACGAAGGCAGCAAGGGGCUGACGUGUCAGCGGCGACGAAGACAACGGCGAUGGCGAUGACAUGGCAGCAAUCGACGAUGAGGAGGCAGCAAUGUCGACGACGUGGCAACAACGACGAUGGCAACGACGUGGCGGCGCCGAAGACGGUGACGACGACGACGAUGUUGAUGAUGUGGCGGCACCGGAGCAGGGCAGGAGGGAGGGCCGUUUCGCCGCUCCAAUACCAUUAUCACAACCACCACAGUUCUCCCAGGGAUCAGCACCUGCUUCCGUCUCCCUGCACUCCAUCGCUAACCGUCACUGAAGGUUCUGCAGCACAAAAUGUUGUGCUGCAGAACCAAACCACCCACAGUUGUCCUUCAUCCUUCCCAUCGCCAGAGUCACUGACACCACAAUGUGGUGGUGGUUGUGGUGGUGGUGAUGAUUCUGAGAACAACGGGAAUUUACCGGGAAAUCAGCACCUGCUUCCGUCUCCUGGUAUUCUAUCGCCGACGGUGAUUGAAAUGGUUACCCAAGCAGUUGUGUGGCGGGACCAAAUUCCUCCGAGUUGUCCUUCAUCUCCCCUAUCGCAAGAGACACGGAUGACACAAUGUGGUGGAGUUGAUUGUUCCCAGAACGAUCGCAGUUUUCCCGGAGACCAGCACCUACUUCCAUCUCCCUGCACUCUGUUGCCAGCCACAACUGACAUGGUUGCACAGAAGGUCGUCGUGCAAAAGCAAAGUACUCAGAGCUGUUCGCCAUCUUCCUCAUUGCGGGAGACACUGAUAUCACAAUGUGGUGAUGGUGAUAGUUACGAGCACAACAACCGGGGUUUUCCCGAAGAUCGUCACCUGCUUUCGUCUCGCAUCAUUCCAUUUAUGGAAAUGACUGAAAUAGUUGCUGCACAAUCAGUUGUGCUGCAGAGCCGAAGUGCUGAGAGUCGUGCUUCGUCUCCCCCAUCAAGAGAGACACUGACACCACAGUGUGGUGGUGGUGAUAGUUCUCGAAACAACCAGAGUUUUCCCAAAGAUCAGCAUCUACUUCCGUCCCCCUGCGCUCCUUCGCCCACCGGAACUCCAAUGCUUGCACGAACAGUUGCGGUGGAGAACCAAAGCACUCAGAGUUGUCCUCCAUCUUCCCCGCUGCGGGAGACAGCGAUCCCACAAUAUGGUGGUGACAAUAGUUCUGAGAACAAUCCGACUUUUCCCAAAGAUCAUCAGCAGCAUCUGCUUCCGUCUCCUGGCAUUCCAUUGCGAACCAUGUCUGAAACGGUUGUGCAAACAGUUGUGGUGGCGAACCGAAGCACUCUUCUCAGCUGUCCUUCAUCUUCCUCAUCACAAAAGACACUGACGGCACAAUGUGGUGGUGGAUUUUGCGAAGAUCAGCACCUACUUCCAUCUCCUCCGCGCACUCCAAUGUCAACCACAGCUGAAAUGGUUGCACGAACAGCUGUCGUGUGGAACCAAAUCACUCAGAGUUGUUCAUCAUCUUCCCCACUGCGGGAGACACUGACACCGCAGUGCGGUGGGGAUGACAGUACUGUGGAAAACCAGAGUUUUCGCGAAACUCGUCACCAGCUUCCAUCUCCUGCCAUUCCAUCACCAAUGAGGACUGAAAUGGUUCCGCAAACAGUUGCGCCACUGAACCAAAAUGCUCAGAGUUGUCCUUUGGGAAAGGCGCUGAUGCCACCAUCACGAAAGGCACUGAUGCCACAAUGUGGCAGCAGUGAUAGUUCUCAAAACAACCACAGUUUUCCCCAAGAUCAGCACCUACUUCCAUCUCCCUGCACUCCAUCCCAAACCACAACUGAAAUGCUUGCGCAAACAGUUGUGGCGGAGAACCAAAGCACAUCACCUUCCCCAUUGCGGGAGACAGUAACGCCACAGCGUGGGGGUGGUGAUAGUUCUGAGAAGAAGCGGAGUUUUCCCAAAGAUCAGCACCCACUUCCGUUCCCUGGCAUUCCAUUGCCAGACAUGUCUGAAACGGUUUUUGCGCGAACAGUUGUGGUGCAGGACCAAAGGAGACUCAGUUGUCCUUCAUCUUCCCCAUCACCAGAGACACUGACACCACAAUGUGGUGGUGGUGGUGGUGAGACUUCUGAGAAUAAGCAGCAAUUUCCCAAUGAUCAGCACCUGCAUCCGUGUCUGGCCAUUCCAUCGCCAACGGCGGCUGAAAUGGAUGCCCAAACAGUUGUGUUGCAGAACCAAAGCACCCAGUUUCGAGGACCGCCAGAAUGUGGUGGCGGUGAGAGUUCUCAGAACAACCCCACUUUUCCCGAAGAUGAGCACCCAGUUCCAUCUCCCUGCACUCCAUUGCCAACCACACCUGAAAUGGUUGGACAAACAGUUGUAAUGCAGAACCAAGGCGGUCAGAGUUUUCCUUCAUCUCCGCCAUUGCGAGAGACACUGACGCCACAGUGUGGUGGUGGUGGUGUUGGUUGUCAAAACCACCACAGUUUUCCAGACACUAGGAGCCUGCUCCCUCCUUCCUGUACUCCAUCAUCAACCAUGACUGAUGCAGGAAUCUCGACUCCUGAUCCGCGUGACAAUUUGCCCAGUGCAGUCCACUCUGACACGAAAUGCGAAGAUCCAGCCGCCCAGGUGAGCAUCACCACAGCCACGCCAUGGAAACAGCGUAAACGUGUGAGACGAUGUUACAGGCAUCUUAGGUUUCCUACUGCCGCUACUGCUGCUGUACCUACUCUUCCAGUCAUGGCUUCCCAGCUGGCUCAAUCAGCGAAGAAGGAUGAUGCCACUGCUUUUCAGGAGAGCGAUUUUCGCAACACCGUGGAGCAGGAAAACUCUGGACAACAAUUUCAGGAUGUUAAACCGUGGAAGCGCCUGAGACGUCUGAGGAGAUGCGAAAAGGAAGUUAUGCCACUUCCUAGGAGUCGUUCCCAGUGGACGCUAACGAACACAUUCAGUUCGCCCUGCGGGUUUCCGCUGUUGCCUUCAGCUUCUCUGCCAUCAAUGAACCAUAACAUUCCUCAUGUUCCCGAUGGGACAUAUUCUGGUGUUGUGGGACAUUCUUCCCCGUCAUCAUUGUCGCCAGCAGCGUCCUGCACAUUGAGUAUGCCAGCUGCCGAAGAUUCCGCCCUCAACAGCGGUCCUCCACUAACUGAGCUGUCCAUCAAGACAGAGCCCCGCUCUCCAGAUCAGUAUCUCAACCUUCACUUGCAUAUCGACGGAGAUGCGUCUCAGGGAGCUACACCGUGGAAACAGCGCAAACGACUGAGACGAUGUGAAAGGGAACCCUUGCCGAUACCUGCGAAGUCUGUUCAGUAUAUUGCGCUGUCUCCUACCGCUUCCAUUCACAAUCUUCCACAGUGGCAGCAAACAAAUCUAUUCGUGACGGCGCCAGUUCCAGAGGGUCUUCAGUCAAGCUCUCAACCUACCAUCACCUUGCUCACCGCAGCACCGGCAUUAACAGGCCCCAGUGCAACUCCAGAGUCAAAGCCUGAAGGUGUCCAUUGUAAAGCUCCCUUAAUCGUUUACAAAAGAUCGCAGACAAGCCUAUCUUGCAAUGCUUUCACAAGUCCAACUGCCUAUGUCGUGGCACCGGAAAGUUGGAAUACAUCACAUAUGGUAUCAGUCGUAUUGCUGAAGGCUCUGCUGCUCGGAAGGAGCAACGCAUUGCAACGCUGUGGUAGAAUUGUCCGACCAUACCGCAUCACAGUAGGACGGCAGAAUGUGUACGUAAGCUCAAUCGCAACCAGGAACGCCGCUCAAGAUAGGAACAGCCUCGUGCGCAACGUCUGGGACCUGAAGGCAAACCUUCCAUCGCCAUUUCUCAAAGUACGAGGACAUAAAUCUGCUGGGAUCCGUAUGAUGAGGAUGGUUUUACAGCCAAUGGCAUGGAUCUCGAUGGCUCGAUCUUUUGUGUUGGAUCGCUACUGGUGCAUUGGCGUCCAGCGUCAGUCAAGGAAAUCACACCCGGCAGCCUGGCACUACUGCAGCUACUGAGGCCUUCGCCUGAAAUUCUUGUUUUGGGCUGUGGGAGAAGAAUACAGCCUGUCAGUGAAGAUCUGCGGAAAUUCUUGAGGCAGCUGCACAUAAAGCUUGAACUCGUUGACUCGGUACGUGGAAGUUCUACGGUUCUAAACAACCUCAGACUCCUCGGACUCCAAGCAACAAAAGGGACGAAAAACAAAGAAAAAACUUCAAAAAAGUUAAAAAAACAAAAGGGACGAAAAAGA